AUGACAAUCCAUUUGCUAUUUGAGGAGCUCUCUUUUGCAGGUCUUCCACUGCGAGAUCUUGUGAAGUCUUUCAUCAUGUUUAACCUAUGCGCCUGCCUCAUAGUCUUUGCAUGGCAGAAAUGUAAGUCUUUGACCCGGGGUACCCAAAGAUCGAGCACUCCAGAUCUCGACAAACCAUCAUCAAGACGAAACGACCGAGACAAACCCGCCAGAGAAUGGGGAGUAGUAUGGAAACCAUCAGCUUUCAAGAGACCUCCAGCAAGCCCAUACCCAGGGUGGGACAUUCAGUCUUCCAAGCCAAUUCCAUACAGACCCUUUCGAUAUGGCCCCAAACACUUCGUCACGAUGGGGCUGCGAAGCAUGAAGUGGGAUGAAUGGAUCGAGCUGGAUAAUCACUAUCUCAAGUAUCAUGCAGAUAAGAAGAGACGCAUAGAAGAGCGAGGCGAGAAGUGCUUCGGCACUGCACCGGAAGCGAUGGACGGGGCAAUCGAGCUACUUGAAGAGCUAUGUGAAUAUCUCCCAGAGCGAUAUCCAACCAUGUUCCAAAAGACUACCACAGGCAUCACCAAUACCCUGACAGGUGAAAUCUUUGACAUCACCCAACGACCUCUUCCCGAAGACCCAAUGGCCAUCGCAGCACGCUUGAUCCAAGACGACCUCGCCAUCAUGGCGGAGCGCCCAGACGGCGAAUACUACCUCCUGGCAGGUGCAAUCCUCCUCUCGGGCUUCUGGCGUCUCAGCGACAAAUUCGGCAUGCCACUCUCCGAGAUUCACACCUCCGGCAAUGUCCCGCAAUUCCGAGAGAAACUCGAACGCGGCAUGAUGAACUUCUUCCGUCGGCUCAAGCCUGAAGAGCCGGUGCUGCGAAACAACUAUUUCAUCCAGGUGGAUGAUGAUCUAGCCUGGUCGCAUAGUAUCGGGUCCGAGGAUUCGGAGGCUGUGUCGUGGAAUACAGCGGCGAAAAAUAAAGCCAUUGAGCAUCAUUACUUCCGGUCUGAGAGACAGUCGCUGAGACGGUUGCCAAGAUCCGGAGUGGUGGUUUUCACUAUUCGGACAUACUUUGAACCUGUCACGGAGAUUGCGAAAGAGCCCUACGUUCCUGGUCGAUUGGCCUCUGCUAUUCGUAGCUGGGGGGAUGAUGUCUCGAGGUACAAGGGGAAGGAGAAGUAUGCAGAUGUCUUGUUAGAAUAUUUGGAUCAGAAGCAUGAGGAACAAGUCAAGGCAGGGCUGGAUCUGGAGAAAGAGGAAGAACUUCGAAAAUAUCCCUUUUAA